CAAUAGGCUCAGCAGCGCCACACGAUGACCGUCUCGUCGUUUGGUUGUGGAGCAGACUGAAGUCUCUCCACUAGUCAACGAUGACGUUUCGAUGAUGACGGUCGGUGGUGGCUUAUCGCGCGCGCUGUGUGUUGGUCGUUCGUUCUUGCGGUGAUUGUUCCGAAGCAUUAGCUCGGACUACGUACGGAUCUUUGGGUUCUCGUGAAUAGUUUAUGGGAAUUGCUGGUUGAUGUGUCACUGUUAUUUUUUGUGGGAUUCUGUGUGAAGAACCAGUGACAAAUAUUUUGUGCUUCUAAAUAGAAGGAACGUUUAUCCAUAAAAAGCAGCAAUCAUGUCCAUGUGUGCUACGUACUCUUAUCAGUUCUCGGUGACAGAUUUUGUAUAUUUUACCUGAAGAAGUGAAAAAUCAACCCAAGUUGGUUACAGGUGAACGCGUGCACUCAGUAGUGAUUUUGUGAUUCAUGAAAUUCGAACACCAAGUGAUUGUGCAACAAAUCAGUGCCUUCUUAGAAGAAAGGCACCCCGAAGAUAGCGGCGUUGAAAGUGCUACGCUCCGCCGUAAAAAUCAAAUCAAUGCAUGGUGCAACGACAUUCGAUGUUGUUCGACGACAAUGCUUGGGGGUCACAGCCAGAUAAGAGACCACACAUGCGUGUGCUAGCUCGAAGAAUGUGCGUUGACGAUCACCGGCGGUGCUGGCUGAGUUUAUCGUCCAUAAAUUGCUCAAUACGCUUCACCGAAGAAGAUUAUUACCGUCCGUGGCGGUCUUCAUUAUCUGUGUCAUCUACAGCGAGCAAACCCCUUUCAUUGCCGAAGCAAGUGAGUGAGUGAGUGAGCGGGGCGCCUUGUGACAUAAUAUAAUCAAUCAUUACUACUGGAAGCGAGCGUCGAAUGCGCUUCGCCAGGUGAAAAUCAGAAGAAAGGCAACGAAACGAACGGCGGUGCGGAAGUUCUGCGCGUCCGAGUGAAGACGGGGUCAGUCAAUCAGUCAGUCGGUCGAUCGGACGGACGAAGUUAGACGACGAACGACGGACAGUAGUCAAGUUAUUGAAUAUCAUUAGCACGUUGUUUUUUGCGCUUAUUGCUGGUUGCCGCCUUCAAUCAACGGGACUUUUCGAGUACGGCCGAGAGUGUCGAGUGUUUAGCAGCGUGGAAUUGAAAUUGGAAACGAAGAUCCACCGUUCAUAUCCAGAUACUGCAAUUCAAUUCAUUCGUCUUCAAACAAACUAAAGAUGUCACGUUCAAACUUUCAACGGUCCCAGAGCCGAGUCUGGUAUGGCAAUGGCAAUGUUCCGGAUAAUCCAUUCUACGGGGGAGCAGCCUUGAGCAUGGGCAGCGGGUAUUAUUUUCUCUACAACCGGCUACAGGAAGGCAGACAGCCACCACCGACGUCGUCGUCGUCGUUGUUGAGGCCUUCGGUGCCGAGUGGGUUUCAGGACUUUGACGAGGAGGACGAACUGCUGGAGCAGAGGACACCCGAAAAGCAAAUCAAUAGUGGGGGUGCGAAUGUCAGUGGUGGUAGUAGCAGAAGUAACGGAUCGAUUAGGGUUGGCAGUACAGUUUGGAAUGAAUCCAACCGCCAGGGUAGCCCCGCUAGUCAUAAAAGUCAGGACUCAGGGUUUUCGGACACUGAACUGUCUCCAAACAUGCCGUCGAAUGGCAGCAAUACCAGUUCUAACAGUAGGAACUUCAACGAAAACCAGUCCAGCCCGGACAAGCUUACACCAAAGCGCACGAUCAACGAGCAGCUGUUCCAGCGAUCGCCUUCAAUCUCCAGUGAAGUCUCCACCCCACCAACAGUCAUUCGACGACCUGCACCGGAAGUAGCUCGCGAUGAGAUCACCGUGCGUCGAAUAUCCUACAGUGAGCCCAAUUCACCGACACUUUCACCUCCAACUCCAUUCGAUGAUCUUGUUUCCAAGAUCGACAGCCUUAACUUCGAUAACACAUCACCUCUUGAAGCUAGUCAGCUGAGUGCAAGGCUCAACGCCACGGAGGAAGACUAUUCUUCGUCCGGACCUUCAUCACUGUCGUCAUCGUCAUGCCAUUGUCCAACUCGAAGUAGCGGAAGCUCUUUGAAGCGAGGUCGUGUAAUUACGAAAUAUAGUCGAGUGAAGAGGAACCUCAACCAUCAGCUGCGCGACUCCGAAGAGGAAAUGAUCUCGUUGGACAGCAGUGAACUUACGAACAUCCUCAACCAAACUCUUUCCGAAGACACCACAAUCUCAACCUUGAAAACCCCCAAAAGUAUCCUAAUAACCCCGCCUUCCUAUAAUAACGAAACUGUGCUGCUCGGCUACGUAUCUCCAGACCCCAACAACAACCCGCGAUCCGAUAGCAAAACUCCCACCCGAGAUAAAGAACUUCCGUCCUACGCAGAGCUCUAUCCCAACGGAACCUCCACUCCAAUCAUGUAUCCUCCCAAGUUUUACCGAUCACUUCCUCCAACUCCCACCCGGAAUCAACGAUCCCCCGUCAAGUUCCGUCCCACCAAGCUCAUUGACAACUUCUACGAAGAACCCGACAUCGACCUCACCAAUCAACGACUCUCCAAUCAAACCGAUCUUAACUUCACCGAGUACGACAACCCUCUCCUGAACGGCCACACUCCGGCCGUCCAAUCCUGGCUCGACGGGCUUCGAUUCUCGUACCAAAGUGAAGUCAUGUCCAUCCUGCAAACAAAAUCCAUCAGCGUGGAAGCUACCCGUAACCUGAAAAUGACUUCCGCAACGGCGGUCAAAUUAAUCCGUCAUCUCCAGUCCAAAGUCGUCACCCUGCAGGGGGAGUUCGAGAAGGUCGAAAAGGUGUUCGCUUCGAUCAAGCGCUACCAGCAACAACAGGAGGAAGACGAUGAAGACGACGAGAAGGAGAUCUACCAGAAGGCGGCUCCGCUCGUUCAAAGCCUAGCCGCCAACAUCUACCAGUUCGUGCAGAAGCAGAAGUCCAACGACUACUUCGGCAAGGACCCGCUGGAAAGGGCAGACCUCAAAAAGUUCUACGAGAACACCCAAUCGCUGGUCGAUAUGACGACGGACCUUCGAAUCGCUGCGGCCAACGGAGAGGACUUCGAUUACCGAUCCGUGGAUGAGGAGGUCCAGAUCAUCAAACGGUACUUCCUGAUCACGAUCAGGCUGAUCUUCAAGAACCUGGUGAAGGUGAUCGUGGACACGAUCGAGGACUCCAAGUGUGACCUGAUCCUCAGAUCCAACAUAAGCUACGUGUCGAUGUUGUCCAAUUUGGACUUCCAAGGGCUGGCGUCGUUGAACGAUGCAUUCAUUUCCAAUGGGACUGUGCGAGCCUUGUUGAUCGUGUGCAUCGAGUGCAAGUUCUCGUCGAUCCGGGCGUUGGCGUUGCGAGCGCUGGCCACUGUAUGCUCGACGACGGAAACUAUCAGGCAGUUGGAGAAAGCCGAUGGGGUGGAGAUUCUGAGGGACAUUCUGGCGGAUCAGAAGUCGAACGAGAGAAGCGAACCGGAGUUUCGGGAAGCGGUGUCAGUGUUGACGCAGAUUACGGCUCCGUGGCAUGGCGAAGAUCAUCGGAUAGACGGAUUGAGACAACAUGUGCACGCGAUCGUGGAGGCCGUCACAGAGAUUGUCGAUAAAACAACCUGCUGUCAGACGUUGCUGCUGUGCUCCGCCUGUCUCAACAAUCUGACCAGGAUCGAGGCCACUGCCGUCUACUCGCUGAUGUCGCACGAGACGGCCGGAAAACUGAAGGCGGCCACCGAACGGCGGGGACCCGGCGCAUCGAUUUUCCUCUUUGAGCAAAUCACGUCGAUGCUGUACAACAUGUCCUCGAACAAAAAGUCGCACCACCAUUUGGCCGGCCGGCCGCUGAUCAACUUCCUCACCGGUGCGUUCAAUCAAAAGUUCUUCGAACGGAUGGAAAGCCGCGUGGAGACCGAAGCCCAGCGCAAGACAAUCAAAAACAUCCUGCACGUCCUGUCGCGGCUGGUCGCGAGCGGUGCCAUCGGGGCCCACGACGAACUGCUCGAGUCGACGAUUGUGCCGAUUUUCUCCCGAAUCGAGCGCACCCUGGACGAUCGGAACGAGCACUUUCGGGACAUUUCCCAGCUGAAUCGGCGCCUGAAUGAGAGCCUGAGCGGUUCCGGUUCUGGUUCCGGUGGGGCAGCAGCGGUCACGGUUUCGAGAGGAACUGCUCCGCUUUCCAUCUCGGUGGUGCCUACGCAAAUGACGACGGCGACGACGACCGCAAAUCCGUUCGUAACGAGAUUAACUAUCGAACGGCACCCCAACGGGGGCAUCAUUAUACUGGACAACAACCGUCAGGAGAGCUAUGUUUGAUGAACCGAAUCCACCACGGUUCAGAUCCGCGCUGAUGUUUGGCAGUUUUUGGUGGAUCUGAUUUGAAUGCAAUGGAGAUCAGCGGGGAUUUGUUUGUCGGUUUAGGGCUCUGAGCUAUCACGAAGGGGAAGG